AUGGAUGCCAGAUUUGUCGGUGAGGCUUUCAGGCUAGACAUCCUGUGCGAGAACGAUCUGACUGAAGCUUGUGCCGACCUAUUCAUUCUAGGCUCAUCUCCAAGAGCAUCAAAUAGCACCAUUGAUUACUGGAUUAAGGCCGGAGACAAUUUUCCAUUCCCGAACUCGUCACAAGUUGAAUUGACCACAUCUGUACAGCGAAACUCAAUUCCUGUUGAUGUGCGAAAGCUUUCAAUUGCAGCGGGAGAAAAGAAGCGACUCACUGUUAGCGGUCUCAAACCGAAUGAAGUGUACGAUAUUCGUCGAUGCGUAGAAAUACGGCUAUCACCAUCACUGACACAGGAUCAACAAUUUAACUUUACCGAUACAACGAGUCGCCUCUGCUCGGAAGAAGGCUACCGAACUCAACCAAACGUUGCUCGGAUACCUCAUCCACUGUGGAUUGCAUUGACCAUGAUAAUAUUGCUUGUUAUUCGGUAG